AUGGACGAAUUUCGCAGCCUCCUGUCCUGCCCUUCCACCACCACCACCACCAUAAGCUUCUCCUCCGCCUCAUUAGCAUACGACACUAAAACUCCUACAUCUCGACGAUCUACACCUUAUGAAGUCUGCAAGACGGACUAUAAUGGCCCUCACACCUCUGUCUCUUAUCCGGGGGCAGAGUUGACCCCUCCCUCAUCAGCAAUGGGCCCCGUCAAGCCUGAACCUGAGCACAACUCAAUCUUGGACUCUCUCCCUAACACUCCCAUGAAGCGAGAGCAACCCGGCUUCGAGUACGAGCACAAGAUGGACAUGAACAUGGCACGUCGCGGAUCAAUAGGCUUGUCAAUACCAUCAAACUCUUUUGGCAUGUACUCGUACUCUCCUGAUGCUUCAAUGGGCCCCGCCUCCCUGAUGACGACACCACCUCAGAGCAUCUCUGGCUCUGAGGCUGCCUAG